UCGUUUACGGCCCUCUCCUCCGCGGUCGAGCCACUGCCCGCCAUGGAACAAGACAAAAGCACGAGCUGGCCUUCCCCCCCGGUCUUCAAAGUCCCGACCCAGUGCAGCGAGAAGCCCGAGGCGGAGUCUCCAUGGGCGCCCCCAGGCCCGCAGCCAAAGCACCUCCGAACAGGAAGUCCACCACCCUCCGUUGCCUCUUCGAGCUGGACGCCGUCGCCCACGACGCCCCCCUGCCGCCCCCCUCCGCUGAUGCCGAGGUCGACGAGCUACUUUCCUCGAUAUCCCGCUGCGCCGACCCGACGUUGGAGUCGCCGUCGCAGCAGCAGGAGGUCAAGCGCCAGCAGCUGUCCCGCGUGCUCUCCGCCGUCCGGGGCGCCACGCGGCCGCUCGACGACACGGUGUGGCCUCCCCUCGUCUUCAUGCUCUCCGCCAACCUCUUCCGCCCGCUGCCCCCGCCGGCGAGCCCCUGCUUGCCGCCGGACCUGUACGAGGAGGACGGCCUCGCGAUGAGCCUUGCCCCCUCGUGGCCGCACCUGCACAUCGUCUACGACAUCCUGGCGGCGCUGGUGGAAGGCGCCGACGCCAAGGUCCUGCGAAGGCACCUCGACCGCGCCUUCCUCCGCGGCCUCCUCGCUCUGUUCCAGUCCGAGGACCCGCGGGAGCGCAACCGCCUCAAGAACGUGUUCCACGACCUCUACUCCAAGUUCGCCUCCGACCGCUCCUUCAUGCGGAAGUCCAUGAACAACGUGCUCCUCCGCUACGUGUUCGACGGGGAGCGGCAUUACGGCAUCGGGGAGCUGCUGGAGAUAUGGGGCAGCAUCAUCAACGGGUUCGCCGUGCCGCUCAAGGAGGAGCACAGGCUGUUCCUGACGAGGGUGCUGCUGCCGCUGCACAAACCCAGGGGGAUCGGCGCCUACCACCGGCAGCUGUCCUAUUGCGUGACCCAGUUCGUGCACAAGGAGCCGGGCCUCGGGGAGGAGGUGGUGAAGGGCAUCUUGAAGCGUUGGCCUGUCACCAAUUGCCAGAAAGAGGUGCUGCUUCUCGGGGAGCUGGAAGACCUGUUGGAGAGCUUGGAUCCCCCGCAGUUCGAGAGGCUGGCGCCGCCGCUCUGCGCUCGGAUCGCCCGGUGCUCAAACAGCGCCAGCUCUCAGGUAGCAGAAAGAGCGUUGUACGUAUGGAACAGCGAACGGUUUGUGAUGAUGGCAUCACAGUCCUGGGAACAAGUUCUUCCUGGCAUAGUCGAGUGCAUCGAGAGGAACCUGAGAUGGCACUGGAGCAAGUCGGUGCAGCACCUGACUACAUCUGUGAAGAGCAUGCUGGAGGAAAUGGAGCCGGUGUUGUACUCCAGAUAUCAACUUGAGCUUGGCCACAAGGAAUCAGUGAUGAUCCAGGAAGAGACCAAGAGGAAGAUAAGGUGGGAGAGGCUGGAGAUGGCUGGCUGCUCAAGGUCACAUGAUGAGAGGAAGUCAACUCAAACAUUUACAUCUCUCUCUGAAGUCAGUAGUAGUAACUUAUUGUGAACAUACCUCCUGUUUCAGUCUGAAGCUGUCACCAAAAUCAACACUGGUGCUCCUAAACAUCAAGGUGUGCCAAACUUGUGACCAACUAAGGAAAUGUGGAGCAUAUGUUUUCUUGAUUCUUUUCUCUUCCUGUAAUAGAUUCUUGGAGUUGGAACUGUC